GAGAGCGAGGAUCCGUGUGGACCACAGCUUGCUGCUGCAGCGGCUGAAGGGGGACGGACACACACACACACACACUGGCCGGCCACACGCAUAUACACACACUCACACAUCAUCAUUUUGUACAGCAUUAUCACACACUCACUGCCGGGGGAGGAAACGGGAGCCGGUUUGCAGCCGACGGUUUGAACCACCCACUGAAGACAGACUGCGGCUGAGAUCACAUCCUCACUGGCAAGGACUGAGAGCAAGUUGGAGUUUUUCUACUCAAGUGUGGAUCCAGACCUCCCUGAUUGAGCCGUUGAAUUUCCAUCGCGACAGAGUCAACCAUGGACAGGAGCUGGAAGUGGGUACCGGGUUUCGGAGCAGUGUUAUUGACACUCUUGAGUCACAUGACCUCAGCGCUGGAAGUGCCUCUUGAUCCUAAAGUGCUGGAAGGAUUGCCACAACCCCCCACUAUAACGCUACAGUCCCCGAAGGAUUACAUCUUUGAUCCGCGGGAGAACAUCGUCAUCCACUGUGAGGCCAAAGGGAAGCCUCAUCCCAGCUUUUCAUGGACAAGAAACGGGACCCACUUUGAUGUAGAGAAAGACUCCAAAGUCCUGAUGAAGCCCGGCUCAGGAACUCUGGUCAUCGACAUCAGCGGGGAGAAAGCCGAGGCCUACGAGGGAACGUACCAGUGCACGGCGCACAACGAGCACGGCACCGCGGUGUCCAACAGCAUCGUCAUCCGGCAGUCCAGGUCCCCCUUGUGGUCGAAGGAGACAAAUGAGGCCAUCGUGGUGCAGAUGGGGGUCUCCCUGGUGCUGUACUGCCGACCCCCUGCAGGGCUGCCCCCUCCGGUCAUCUUCUGGAUGGAUAACAACUUCCAGAGGCUGCAGCUGGAUAAGCGUGUGUCCCAGGCUCUGAAUGGAGACCUGUACUUCUCAAACGUUCUCCCAGAAGACACCAGGAGCGACUACAUCUGCUAUGCGCGCUUCCCUCACACACAAACCAUCCAGCAGAAGCAGCCCAUCUCCGUCACCGUGCUGAACAACAGCCCAGAGGGGGAGCGCCGCCCCGAGUUCAUGACGCCUUUGGGCGCCACCAGCACAAAGAUGGUUCUGAGAGGAGAGACCCUGGAGCUGGAAUGCAUCGCUGAGGGGCUGCCCACUCCAGAGAUCUCCUGGCAGAAGGACGGAGGAGAGCUGCCCAGCACCAGGACGUCUUUCUAUAACUUUAAGAGAACCCUCAAGGUUUCUGAGGUGAACGAAGCCGACGGGGGGGAUUACCGCUGUACCGCCACAAACAACCUGGGCACCGCUCACCACAUCAUCAAAGUCACCGUCAAAGCCGCUCCUUUCUGGGUCAGCGCCCCCAGGAACCUGGUCCUCGCCCCGAACGAGACCGGCAUCCUGACCUGUCGAGUGAACGGAGAACCCAAACCCAAGAUCAGCUGGUUCGUCAACGGAGUCCCCUUAGAGAACGCACCUGAGGACCACAGUAGGAAGGUAGACGAUGACACUGUGAUUCUUAGCAACGUCCAAUCAGGGUCCAGCGCUGUGUACCAGUGUAACGCAUCCAAUGAGUUUGGUUACCUGAUGGCAAACGCUUUUGUGAACGUUCUUGCCGAGCCACCGAGGGUGCUCACUCCACCCAACCGAGUGUACCAGGUCAUCACCAACAACCCUGCGUUACUUCACUGCGCCUCCUUUGGUUCGCCAAUACCAACCAUCACGUGGUUCAAAGACAGUCAGACCAGCAUUAAGAAUGGAGACCCUUAUGUGAUCCAUGAGAACGGCACAUUGGAAAUCCAUGUGGCCCAACCGUUGAACAGCGGGAAGUUCACCUGCAUAGCGACCAACAUCCUGGGGAUCAAAGAGAACCAUGUCUUCCUGGAGGUUAAAGAGCCCACUCGCAUCCUGAAGCAGCCGGAGUACAAGGUGGUGCAGAGAGGAAUGAGCGCUGUGUUCGAGUGUAAAGUCAAACACGACCCCACCCUCAUCCCCACCAUGACCUGGCUCAAAGACAAUACAGAAGUGUCUAAAGAUGACAGGUUUCAGGUGGACGUGGACAGUCUGACCAUCAGAGACGUGGAAGAUGAAGAUGAGGGCACCUACACCUGCGUCAUGAACACCACCCUGGAUCAAGACUCGGCCAGUGCCAUGCUGACGGUCGUAGAGGCUACCCCUACUCCAGCUAUUGUCUACGAGAAACCUGAUCCCCCGUCAGACCUGGAGCUGACGGACCAGACAGGCAGGAGCGUUCAGCUCACCUGGACGCCCGGAGACGAACACAACAGUCCCACAGAGAAGUUUCUGAUCCAGUACGAGGAUCUGCUCCACCAGCCGGGAGUGUGGAUCAACCUGACGGAUGUUUCUGUACCGAGCACCACGGCGCAGUUGAAGCUCUCUCCGUACGUCUACUACUCGUUCAGAGUGCUGGCUGUGAACCGCGUCGGAUACAGCCAGCCGAGCCAGCCCUCCAGCCAAUACAGAACCAGCCCUGCAGCUCCUGAUGACAAUCCAUCAGAUGUGCGUGGAGAAGGGUCAGAGCCUGGGAACUUAGUCAUAUCCUGGAUGCCGCUGACCGGAUUCCAGGCUAACGGGCCCGACUUGGAGUACAGGGUUCAGUGGAGACAGAAGGACGUGGACGACGAUUGGAGCUCAAAGAACGUGGCCAACGUUUCCCAGUUUGUGGUGACUGGAACUCCCACCUACGUGUCCUACGAGAUCAAGGUUCAAGCGUUCAAUGACUAUGGCUCCGCCCCCGAGCCGGAAACAGUGUUUGGAUUCUCUGGAGAAGACUUGCCUCUGUCUGCUCCAGAAAUAGUGCAGGUCAUGGUUCACAACAGCACUCUGGCAGAAGUGCACUGGGAGCCCGUCGACUUCCCCUCUGUCAGAGGGAAACUGCAGGGAUACAAGGUUUACUACCGGCGGGAGCACAGCCUUCAGGACACAGAGGAGGCCUCAGAUCAGAAUGAGCAGGUCCUGACGUUCAGCGGGAAUCGUAGCGAGGGACGCCUGCCGGGCCUGCAGCCGUACAGCCUCUACAACCUCACCAUCAGGGUCCUCAACAGCAAAGGAGAAGGGCCUCCGAGCCCCAGCAAGAAGUUUGAGACCCCUGAAGGAGUCCCGGGGCCUCCAUCCUUUCUGAAUGUCGUUCACCCCAGUUUGGACUCUCUCACUCUGGAAUGGGGCCCACCGAUGAACAACAAUGGACGCCUCGCUGGAUACACACUGAAAUACCACCCAGUCAACACCACUAAGGAGCUGGGGCCGGUGAAGAUCAUGUCGUUCCCGGCCAACGAGACCACCUUCACCCUGGGCAACCUGAACUCCAGCAUGCUCUACAAGUUCUACCUAAGCGCAAAGACAAUCAAAGGCUCUGGCCCCAUCAUCACAGGGGAGGCCUUCACAGUCAUGGACACAACUCGUACUCAGCCCACUGUAGAGACAGGCAAAGGCCCUACAGAGCCCCCUCACCCAACCUCCCCCGUCACUCAGCCUCCGCCUCCCCCGUUUCACAAGGCGCCGCCUGUCGGCCCUGCGUUCGGCAAAGUUAACACGUCCAUGUCGGAGGACGGUGCGGUGAUCAGUUGGGAUUACUUUGGACACCAUAAGAAUGUUUAUGUGGAAUAUAUUGUGGAAAACAGUAAAGACGACUGGAAAAAGGAGUUGGUAAACGGCUCCCACUGGCAUAUGAUAAAGGGGUUAAAGCCAGGGACGUCCUAUAAGGUGCGAGUGGUAGCUAGAGACCCGAGCGACCCGACGGUCCACAGCACGGACGAGGUGUUGGUGGCGGUGCCAGCUGUACCCAGUCGGCAGGUAGACAUUGCCACCCAGGGCUGGUUCAUUGGCCUGAUGUGUGCCAUCGCUCUCCUGAUCCUGGUCCUGCUCAUAGUGUGCUUCAUCAAGAGAAACAAGGGUGGCAAAUAUCCAGUGAAAGAGAAAGAAGACGCUCACCAAGACCCAGAGAUCCAGCCAAUGAAGGAGGAUGAUGGGACAUUUGGAGAGUACAGCGACACGGAGGACCACAAGCCGCUGAAGGGCAGCCGGACGCCGUCCAACGGGACGGUGCGGCGGGACGAGAGCGACGACAGCCUGGUGGACUACGGGGAGGGCGGGGACGGACAGUUCAACGAGGACGGCUCCUUCAUCGGCCAGUACAGCGGCAAGAAAGAGAAAGACACACACGAAGGGAACGAGAGUUCGGAGGCCCCGUCGCCUGUCAACGCCAUGAACUCCUUCGUCUAACCGAAGGGCCCCCGGCGGGCCUGGCUGCGAUACACCUUGUCACCUUGGCAAAUGUGACCAUCCCUGUGGUGACAGUUGCCCCCCCCCCCCACACCCCCUGCCAGCCCCUGUCUGUCACACUGUGACCUCCUCGAAACACACACACUCAACAAAGCAAACACAUCCCACAUGAUAAGCGUUAAAAGAAGGUGUGAAGCGAGGGACGUGAGGAGGGAAGGAGAGGAAGAAGAGGAAGAAGCAAUAUAGAAAAGCAGAAGGAAUGUACCAGAGACUCGGCAGAAGUGUGUGUUAGUGCCAUUUCCUUUUCAAACACGAUGUAUCCAAAUAUAUAUUUUAUCAAAGUACACCACAUGACCCGCAGGCAGGCAUCGAGUCAAAACAUCUGCAUGGAGUAAAUCAUGAUUCUAUUAAGCAUUUUCCCCCCUCCCUCCCCCUUAUGCAGAGUCGAGCCGCUUGUUGAGACUGUAUAUGGUGCACGCCUACUAGCGACUGGGUAUUAUUGUUUCGUUUCUUCAGUCAAAGUGUUAAAUGGCGUAUGAUAUAAUAAGAGAAAAAACGGCGGCGUUGUCUGACAGCGCUGCGGAACAGUGUGACACUAAGUAGCUAGUCUUUUUGAGACGGAUGAACUGUUUGUACAUAUGUAAUAGAAUAAGAAGAAAAUUAUAUUUCAAAGUCGGGGUUGUCCAUUUGUAUUCAUUGGAAACCUGGCUCAAACACUUCGGUCACCAGCCAGACAACUAGUACUCCCACACUUAUUCCCGCUUUCAGCCUCAUGAUUUUUCAACGUUUGCUUGCUUUUGUUUCCUCUUCCAAUCUGUUUCUUUGCACCUUUGCUACCGAGCACUUGUUGAACACAAGCCGAGCUGUGAUUGGCCAGUGUCGUGUCAAGCGCUUCCACCCCUGGUAUCGUGGUACUGCCAGAGCAACGAUUUCCCCCCGACUUUCUGUAAUGGCAGAAAAAAGGACACAGUUACAUAUGAUAAAUGCACCUGAACAGGGUUGAGUGGUACGCACUUUGGGAUGUUUAGAUUUUGAGAACCUCUCAGCACGGUUUCUAGUGCCUUCGUAGAUCCAUAGAGUUACAUCACUUUCCAAACACCACACUGACCUGGGAUCAGUAGUGCUCUUAGGAGUCCAUUAAUACUUUGCAUACACAAUACCAACCCACUCAAAAGACAACUUGGGAAUAAAAUGCUGAUUACAUCCUUUAUUUUGAGCUAUGGUCAACGAGUAAGUAAAGUUCAUGUGGGCAACAGGUGCAAACACGCUACAGCGACCCAAAACACUUGCAUAAGGAGAGACGUGCAGCAGCUGCAAGAACAAUGCAAAUAGAAAAACCCAAAUAUGCCAAACCACAUGCAAAUGUGGAAGAGCAUUUAGAAAAUAUUCACCAACUUGAUGAAACAUGCGAAUACAUGCAUACUCUCGCUCAGAUAGUCUGUUUCACAGUUGUAUGUGUUUAGUCAGUAUAAAGCAUAUGAGACUUCAGCGUGUUCCUCCUAAUGUAAGUGUUUGGGGACGCUGUUACGUGUUUACUGCUGUUGGCCACCGUAGAAUGGAGAAUAUCAAAUAUCAUUACGUUGUUUUUACCAAUUAGUUCAAAUCCGAUAUUGUGUCGAUGACAUAGGGUUGACUAUUGGUGCUAUUACAAAAUACUGAACCAAUAAGAUUCUACUCUUCUGUUAUGCAGCCUUUGAAACACUUCUAAUACCAUAUAACAAUAUCCAAAUAUGUCUAUCUCUUACAUCUUCAUAUAAGAUUUAAAAAGUGGCGGUCAUACACUGGCAUUAGUUGCAAGGAUUAAUUUUCAGCUCUAGAUUAUUAUGAUCUUGUUGACAAUCAAACACCCUUAUCGUACCACCAAAUCACACCAUGCAGCUGAGAAUUUAAGGAAAUGUCUGGAAGGAUCAAAUGAAGCAGAGUCAGAUCAUGGACACCUCAUGAGAAGCCGUCAUCUCCUCGUCAUGUCGCUCCAACAGCACUGAACUACUGCCAACACACUCACCAGGUAACUGCCAACAGGAAGCAGACUCCUCUUAAGAGCGGGGCGAACUGUCACUGGUAGCACUUAGAAAAACGCAGGGGUGGGAAAAAUGAUGCUGAAUGUGGAAAAAAGUGUACGUGUUUAUAUGAAUGAAAAUAUUGCUUGUUUCACUGCAACACACUGGUGACUUUGGUUCAUGCAUUUAACCUUAUAUCUGUGUGUCGUCACGUUCUGAGCGCAGCACUCGGUGAGUUUUUCUAUUCCUGUAAAUGAAUGUGUGAAUGCUUGGGUGCACGAGUGUGUGUGUGUGUGUGUGUGUGUGUGUGUGUGUGUGUGUGUGUGUGUGUGUGUGUGUGUGUGUGUGUGUGUGUGUGUGUGUGUGUGUGUGUGCAGCACAUGCAUGCUACUGUGUUAGGCGUGCGUGAUGUAUAAUAUCGCUUUUCCACGGAGGAUGGUCUAUUAUUCUGAUGUCUACUCAACAGGAAAUCCAAGAGCUUUUUUUUUUUUUUCUCCUUCCAGAUUUUCACUUCUUAGGUUAAUCAUAACUUGCAUCAAGUUUUUACGAUGUGUCAGCUUUCCUCGUGUAGAUAUUUCUGUUGUAUCUUGUAAAUAACGGCUUGACUUGAGAGUGGAGGUGUUGCGGUCAAAGGUGAGAGCUUGACCUCAAUCAGCCCUGGUGCAUUAUGGGUUAGGGUGGCGGUGUGUGAGACGAGACUAUUUACACUUUUCACUCUUCAUUUGCUGUGGAAUUUCUUUUCAUUUCUUCACUUUUUUUUUUUACUUGUCAGGUGAAUUUGCAAAUGUUUAGCCUAUCAGGUACAAAAGGAGAUUGUUUAACUUGUGAAUGAGCUCUUGUGGCACCUGUAUUGUUUCUGUCUCAGACAGCUCAUGCACCUUUUCUGUAUUUUUUAUAAAAAGGCACUCGCUUAAACAGGAUGUGUCAUUUCGAACACAUCUGAGCAUCUAGUCCUACGACGCUGGAAAACUGUCGUUCCAAAUUACACAACAUCCUUUUUAAGAGUGUGCAUUUAAAAAAAAACUAAAAACAAAACUGUGAUUUGAAGGAGGACGCUUAUGCGGACCGGCACAUCGGAGUGUGAAUCCCCAUGGAAACAAUGUUCUAGUGACUGGUGGACAUACAGUAGAAUAUACAGUAUAUGAUAUGAUAUAAUAUGACAUUCUGGUUAAUGUUGAAGCUACAUGAGAAGCAUGAAAGGCUGUCGAAAUGGUUUACUCAACAGUAUAAUAUUGCAAAAUAUUUUGUAUUUUAAAUGAAGUUUAAAAAAAAUGAAAUAAAUGUUGG